CUCCAUUUGCACGCGUGUGCUGUGCCCCGUCGCAGCAUACGAAUACUCUCUUUUUAUUCCCCCCGCGCUACUUCCAAAUAAAACGGUGUGUAAAUCGCGUAUAUAGAGCCCCCAGUCCGACUUCGACCUCGCCAUGGUGUCGACCACCAACGACGCCGUCUUCCAGCGGCGCAACAACCAGAUCCAGGAUGCCAUUGAUGCGCAGAACCUCAAGCAGGCGCUACAGCUUAUCGAGAAACGCAUGAAGAAGGGGGAGGAUACGAGGUUUUUGAAGGCAUGGAAAGCCCAUAUCCUCUUCCGCCAUGCCGACGAAGCCCACCACAAGCGUGGUGUGACCGAGACCCUCGAACUAUGCAAAGCCGAACCCCCCGCGACGGACCUCGAGACCCUCGAUAUCCUGCAGCAGACCCUGGAGAAGAUGAGCAAUCAGGAAGAUACCAAGCGGGGACUUUGGGAGAAGGCCGCGAAGGCCAAGCCGCAGGAGCUGGAGAUCCAGAUGCGGUGGUUUACAUAUGCGUUUGAGAAUGAUGAUUGGAAGUCUGCGCAGAAGGCUGCCAUGAGUCUUCAGAGCAAUUUCCCGAAAACGCGAAAGUACUACUUCUGGGCUAUCUUCCUCUGCCAUCUUACCGCUACCGACUCGAAGAGCUCAGAGGCCGAGAAGAAACUCUUUGGUACUCUGGCAUACCGCAUGGCUUCUAAAGCCGCCGAAAGUGUUCCCUCCGAUCCCAAAGAAACGCCUAGUCCACCUAAAGCCAUCCAGACCACCGAAGAGCUACUUCUGCUGGUCAAGAUCCUCGAGACCCAAGACCGUAACUCCGAGAUCGUGAAACUUCUUGACAGCGAAAACCUCGGACUCAAUUCGCAGAUCGUCCAGAACGAUUGGACCUUUGUCGGAACCAAGGUGGACGGUCUGGAGAAGGCUGGAAUGUGGACCGAGGGUCUGGCCUACGCGAAGAGCUUGCUCGCAAUCCCCACCGAUGAGAAUGAGCGGAAGGCUCUGCAGGAGCGUGAUGACUGGGCUGUCUGGAAUUUGCUUGUUGCGUCUGUACGGAAUCUCAACAACGCAGAGGCCACUACCGAGGCGCAAACUUUCAUCAAAGACUUCCUCAACGCAGUGCCCAAGUCUCGUAACGUGCAGUUGGCUCAAUUGGAUCUGAUGCACUGGGGUGUUCAGUCGGGCAGCUUAACGAAGGAUGACCUUUAUUCUGCUAGUCAAGAGUACUUUAACCGGAAUAAGAGCAAACUUUACUGCUUCGGUGACCUUCAGAAGUAUCUUCCUGAAUUGGAAAAGGAUGGAUUGUCCAAGUUUGUCGAGUACACACUCAAGACGGAAGAGAGUGAAAGCGACACCUCUCCAUUCAAAGGCGUUGCGGUUAUCAAUGCCCUUAAGUUGGAGUACUGCUUCCAACUGUCAUCCGACGAGGCCAGCAUUACAACGCAAAAAUCCGAGGAUUACAUUGCCCGCUGCCUGAAGACCUACGGUGAACUUCGUAGCCCGGAGCAGAAAUCAGACGAAUCUGUGAUCGAGAGCCAACCGAGCGAUGACCUUUGUCUGCUCGCUGCGAUGAGCUUGAUGCGUUUCGGACACGAAGGCGAACAAAUCCCAGAUACCACUCUCAUUCGCGCAGCCGGAAUUCUGGAUCGUCUGCUCGUCGACUCGCCUCACAACUACCAGGCAUUGUUGUUGCUGGUGCGGAUCUAUCUCCGUCUCGGUGCUGGUUCUCUUGCUCUCAAGACCUUCAGCAAGCUCUCCGUCAAGCAGUUCCAGUUCGAAACUGUCGCCCACAACCUCUUCACACGCAUUGCAACCGUCCACCCACAAUCGGCACCACCGAUCGAAGGUGCAGAAUACAAGGACUUUGAUCCGCAAAUCGCCCUUAUGCAGGGUCUCAACUUCUACCGUAAUGCGGAUAUCACGACCAUCCGGAACCGAUCGAAUGGUUUGGACUUCGGCAGUUACGUGAACGUGGAGGGCACCAUCGACCUUCAGAGGCGCCUGAAGAACAGCAUCUGUCGGAGAAUGUAUGCGUUGGAAGUGAGGCGCACGCAGAGACUGGUCGGGGGGAAACCGGUGGGGCGCUACGAUGAGAUUGCAAACGACGAGUCUUCUAUGUAUGACCAGCGGAAAUUUGACGCGUUCAUGAACUGCGAGGCUCCUGGGAAGCCAACGUUCGAAGAGCGGAUGCGCUUGGGUCCAUUGCCUCAGGAACCAUGGAUGAAGUCGAGUAGGAUAACAGACCGACUUUUCGGGCUCCUCAAGGAGCUGGCUGCCCAGAGACCUGUGUCUGUGGAGGCUGCAUUGCCUAGUCUCGACGAGAUUCUUGGAUCGGACCCAGAAUCUGAUAUGACACCUGCAGAGGUCGAGGCCGCGAAGAACCACUUUAACCUGCUCAAGGUGGUGUCUCACCUGGGUGGAUCGAAAUCGAUCACCCCCGAAGAGGUCGAAGGAUCGCUAUCGCAAGUGGAGGAAUGGCUGAGCUCGAAGGCUCAGUACCUCGAACCAACCGACAAGACAUCGCCAAUCAUUUCCAACACAGCCAUCACCUUCCACUCAGAAUCCCCCUCCGCGCCAUCCUGGAGAUUCCUCCACGAAACAUCGCUCAUCCUCGAAACCCUCAAGGCCGUCUCGCAAUUAACAACCAUCGCAUCGAAGAAGGGCACCAAAUCCGCCAAACUGCCCAAGGACCGUCUGGAGCAACUGACAACAUCCGUCCGUCAAGCUCACGAGAGCGUACGGACAAACAUCCGUAAUCUCAAGUCUCGUAUCUCUGAGUCGGGCGUGCUGAGCGCGUUGAUCGAUCUCGUGCUCAGUGGCACGACCGGUGAACUUCGCGAUGCGCUGGAGAAGACGCUCGAUACUUCGGCAUUGGAAGUGUUUGCCGGAGAGUUGAUGGAGAGCUGGGAAGAAGGAUUGGAGGGGUUAGUCGGGGUGACUCUGUGAGAGGGAGUUGCAGAAAGAAAACGCAUGCACAUAGAUGAAUGAAUAUAAUGCUGAACUCCGGACAGGUAGCAGCCUACCUGUACCGGUAUGAAUGAUGGCAUGAGCAGACAUUUCAACCUUCCUCGGCUAUAG